AUGAAACGAAAUAGCUUGAAAAUCUGCAGCCGCUGCAUUGGUCGAGACAGGAAGAAAGCCCUCGACGAGCCCUACUUCUUCAGCGCUGCGAAUAACCUCGACUUUGGGGAAGUCCCCGGCAAUCUACCCGAUCUAACGAUGGUUGAGGAGAUGCUUAUUGCUAGGAUUCACGUACACGUCAAGGUCCUACAAGUGCGUGGCGCUCAAUACAAAUAUCGCGGCCACGUUAUCCACUUUCUUCGCAACAUUGGUAGGCUAUUUGAAGAGCUCCCAGUGCUACCGAAGGAGCUAGAUAUCGUGCUCCUACGGCCUCCUAAUAUGGAAGGCGACCCUCGCUUCCAGCAACAGUUUGCUCGCGAUUUCCGGCGCCACCACCCGGGCUAUCGCGAUAUCGUCAUCCCACAAGGCCCUGUUGAGGAGGCCUUGGAAGAGGAUCCCUGCGAUGCGGACGCAUCAGCGAUCCCGAACUUGCAGGUUACCGAUACCGAAUUAAACGCCCUGCAGUCCCGAGUCCUUGAUGUUGCCCUGACUCUGAGCAUGCCAUUGCCAUCCAUUCGCAGGACCCCUAUCGACGAAUUCAACCGUUCCCAGCCGCUGUUAUCGCUUGCGUUCCCUACCCUCUACCCUGACGGCAAGGCCGACUUCGUGGAGCCUCGCCUACGGAGCAUCACGUACCAGGACUACCUUGGCCAUGCGAUGAGAUGGCAUGACGGACGUUUUGCCCGCCAUAAAACGUGGCCUUUCGUCGCCCUCAACACGCUGCUACAGGAAGCGAUGGCUGAGCCUGAUGAGCCAGAGGCUCAGGACCUGAUCCAGUCGAUCACGCGCCAAGCCGCGGUAAUCAGGGGCACCCGGCCACCUGGCCUUUUCGUUACUGCAAAGUGGAAAGCAGCUCCUGAGGCGGCGCGCAUGGUCCUGUCCCGGCAACUACUGCGAGACAACGCCCACAUCGCCGCCUACCACUUCUACAAGCGUUAUACGCUUCUUACGACUAUUGUCCUGAAGCAGAAGUUCAACCUAACGGACCUUUGGGGCCGCUAUGAGUGGGGUGGGAGGAACGAUGGCCAGAUUAACCACUACAACCGCUUGCUUACCGUUGCAUGGCUAGCCAAUACAGAUGUCUCUCCCUGCACGAGCCUCCAGCAGGUGAUCGAUUACGCAGCCAAAUACUGCUCCAAGUCAGAAAAGAAGAGCGAGUCUUUUGCCCAGAUUGGGAAGGCGCUGAUGCCCCGGGUCAAGGACCACAACCCCCUGAUUUCUUUCACGUCAAAGCUCCUGAAUCAGCUAGUUGCUGAACGGGAUUACUCGAAGCAGGAGGUUAGCCACUUACUCCUCGGCCUGCCGUUACAGGAGGGCUCACGAAUCUGCCUAUACGUUGACUGCCGUCAUCCUGACAGACAUUCCCGCUCCUUACGCAUUGACGGCGAUGAGGUUGACGAGGCCCCCAACGUCUACGAAAAGUACGGUCAGCGCCCGGAAGCCCUGAAGGACCUGACCUACGUUUCCUUCCUCAAACACUGGAAUUUCCGCUCUAGAGACCCUUCCGCAUGGAAGCAAUGGCGGCCAGGCAACGUUAACGGCAGGCCCCGCCAGCAGUGGCCAGAUUAUUGCCGUGCCUUCUCCUAUUGUUGGCAGCAUCACAAUCAUGGUGAUGACCAUUACGGCCAGCCAAAAGAGGCUCGAUUACAGCCUCAAGAUGAUCAAUAUGAGGCUCUGCCUGAAGUUCUUGACCUUCUUGGCCGCCGCGAUAUCGACGUCAAUUACGACUGGACACGGCAUGUGGGUACAUAUCCGGAACUUCGAGAUGGCUACUGGAAGGACCUUAUCGCUAGCCACCCCAUGGCCAACGAUGUGGAGGUCCUUGGCCCUCAAUGGCGUAAUACGCUGAAUCCACAACAACGGCUCGUGUACGACACAUUCAUGGGCCACUUCCAGGCGCGAAAUCCCACUCAAAUCCUUCUCCACGUUGAUGGUGGUGGUGGCACCGGCAAGUCGUUCCUUAUCAAGGUGCUUUCCUCCCAUCUUCAGGCGGCCGCUCUACCGAAUCCUAGCCCUAUUUGCCGCGUAGCGCCAACAGGCGUUGCGAGUAACCAGAUACAGGGCAGCACCAUUCAUUCAUUGCUACGCCUCCCAGUAGGUGGUGCUUUUACCGACCUUCCCCCAGCCGACGCAGCCGCCCUUCAGUCCCGCCUACGGCACGUCAAAUACCUCGUGAUCGAUGAAAAGAGCAUGCUGGGGAUUGAGCAGCUCGCGCGGAUCGAUUCCCGUCUGCGACAGGCCUUUCCACAGCGUAGCCUCGAGUUCUUUGGUGGUCACCAGCCUGUCUUCGUUGGAAAGGAGAGGCAGGUGGCCUACCGGUUAUUUGACCGCACCGUCUUCCUGACCACGGUACAGCGCCAGGCUGGUGAUGAUCAGGCUCAGUUCCGUCGGGCGUUGCAGGAACUGCGUGAAUCCAGGCUAACGCAGAGCGAGGUUGACAGCUUCAGGGCCGCUUUGCGGGUGUAUUCUACCAGGGCCCGGGUGGAGGCAAAGAAUCAGGGCAAGGGCGCGGGGCAGGCACCAAGCGACAAUGCUGGCAAUCUAUCUAACAAGUUCCUGUUGCUAAGGGCGCCAGGGAAAAUCUCACCCAUCCUCCCAAGCCUAACGAAGGAGCAAAUAGUUACUGAUCUCGCUACACGCGACUUCCAGGCCGGUAUUAGCUAUGUUGCUGUGUCACGGGUUACGUCGCUGCAAGGCUUACUCCUUGAGGCGCCUUUCGAUCGUCAGAGCCUCUAUAACCACACGCCGACAGAAGGGAUGAAGAUGCGCCUCGCUGACCAACAACGGCGUCAGGGUCAACAGCUGAGCGAUGCACCGUAUCCACCACUCUACCUUGACUAA